AUGAACUUCUCUGCAUACAACAGCACUCAGAGCAACAUAUCCAGCACCCCACUGAGGGACACUUUCGCGACAGCUCUGACCAAGAAUAUAAUUGUGGUGGUGCUGUGCAUCUCCAUCAAUUACAUCAAUGCCACCUUGAUCCACACCUUCUUCAGGCACAGCAUCUUCAAAGAGAACCCACGAUACAUCCUUUUUGUCCACCUGGUCGUCAAUGACAUGAUCCAGCUGACCAUUGCUGUCCUGUUGCACGUCGUCAGCUAUGUGUUUUUCACCAUCAACGUCUCUCUCUGUUGCGUCCUCCUGAUGAUCGCCAUCUCCACCACGUACAACACCCCGCUGAACCUGGCCAGCAUGGCCGUCGAGCGCUACAUCGCCGUCUGCAACCCCCUGCGCCACGCCCAGAUCUGCACCGUCCGCAGGACCCACGCCCUCAUCGGCAUCAUCUGGACGUUGGGGGUGGUGCCCAUCCUGCCCGACCUCUUUGUCAUCCUCGCGACGGAGCCAGUCAGCUUCUUCCACUCCUCUGUCUUCUGCAACCGCGACCCGGUGUUCCGCCACCCCUACCUGCGGGAGAAGAAGAACAUCUCCUUCAUAGCGUACCUGUGCCUCGUCUGGCUCACUCUGGUCUACACCUACUUCAGGAUUCUGUUCGCGGCCAAGGCGAUGAAGUCGGACGCCAGGAAGGCCCGCAACACCAUCCUCCUCCACGCUGCACAGCUGUGCAUGUGUAUGUUCACGUAUAUCGGCCCCCUCCUGGACACUGUCCUGCUGUACAUAUUUCCCAUGUACGUGCUGGAGAUGCGAUUCACAAGCUAUUUAAUUAUUCAUAUUUUGCCAAGAUUUCUCAGUCCCAUUAUCUAUGGUCUCAGGGACAAGGUCUUCCAGAAGUAUUUCAAGAGGUACCUGUUGUGCAAAGUAGACAUCAGCAUCCAUCAAAAGAAUGUGUCCACUGUAAAGUCCCUCCAUUCUUAA